AUGCGCCGAACAAGAAAGGAUACAGCAGCUAAACAAGCCAUCGCGUCCGAGAUGACCCAGGAACUUGGCGUGGAUAACACAGCCCUCGCAAAGACUAUCGAGGAGAUCAUGUCCAAGUAUUUUGAAGAAGCGGACGAGAAAUCGGAAGCUCGAAGUAACAGACUCGUAAAACGGCUCGACAACAUGCAUGCCACCCUUUCUCGACACACGGAAGACAUUAAGGCUCUGCGCUCAGAUACCACGCAACUGCAAGAGCGUGCUUCUGGAACCGAGAUGCAGUUACAAUCCCUCUCCGAAAAAAUUGUGGAGAUGGAGGAUCGUUCGAGAAGAGACAACCUGCUCGUCUCCAACCUCAAGGAAGGGGUGGAGGGCUCUAACAUGGUCUCCUACCUGACGGAGAACGUCCCACGCUGA